CACAGUACCACUUGUCUGCAUGCAAUGCUCAACCAACAUUGUCGUAUGUUAUGGAAAUAGUUGUCGUCUGCUAGAUUCAUCGCGCGCAGCAUUUAGGGGCCGUGUCGUCUGCUGAUAGAAGAGAGAUAUUUCGCGCGGUUUUCGGAAAGCGUUGGAUCGAUCGUGUUUAAUAAAAGGAUAGAAUAUACGCUAUACCGGGCGUGUGCUGGACUCCCAUCUAUCACAAAACUUGGUUAUUUCAUCUGAUUUAGAAACAGUACCAUGGCAGAAAACCAGCUUUCGGAAUUCCAAACUCAGAAAGUACUUCGGGUCUUCAAUAUACUUUAUGAUAGAAAUGACGAUGGCGUUAUAGCUAAAGAGGACUUUCUGAUUGCCAUAGACACCUUCUGUAACAGCCUCGGUUGGCCUAAAGAUGGAGAACAAUACAACAAAGGUAAAGAGACGCUACUCCUCAUCUGGGACGACCUGAAGAAGUACGCUGACGAAAACCAGGAUGACAAGGUGUCGAAGGAGGAGUGGACUCAGAUGUGGAGUGAUUGUUUACAAUCGGUCAAAAACGGAAAACCUUUUCCGGAAUGGCAGCAACGAUUUAUGCAGUUUAUGUUCGAAGUCAAUGAUAAAUCUGGUGAUAAUGAAAUUGAUAUUGAGGAAUACACAACGGUUUGGAACCAGUCUUAUGGAUUGCCAGUAGAAGAAUGUCAGAAAGCAUUUCAGACGAUAUCAGACGGUAAGAACAUCAGCCGGGAGGUGUUCGAGAUGCUGUGGAUCGAGUACUUUGUUUCAAACGAGAGGUCCGCCCGGGGAAAUUAUCUGUUCGGUGUUCCUGAUUUUAUCUGAAAAUAUGGACAUAUUUAGCCUAUUUCUGUCUACACAAGGGCAAUCUUCCUUUGGUUGCCCAGUGAGAGUGAUUUUAUUCUGUCUCUAUGGGAGUUAUCGUUCCUUUGAAAAUACCACGAAAUUAAGUUAUGCAAUUUAUUUUAAUUUUUCAAUGAAAAUAUACUGUGUCAGUUUAUUUGAAGGUUUUUAAACAUUCAACCAGACUACUAUAUGACAAUCUUUUCAGAUCUGAAAUGAUAGAAUUGAAAUUAGAAGCGAUAAAAGUGUGAAGCCAAAAACGUUGCACGACUCUUAUUAAUCAAAGUACAGCAAGUACUCUUGGGAGUCAAUUUUUUUCAAAAAAUAAAAAUCAAAGAAAGUCCGUUAUGAUUUUUGUUACGAUGUAUUGCAUAUUGAUUUAUUUUCACUUUUGCGCAGAUAACAUUGGUUUAAUAAAUGUAUAUAUUCAGUUAGUUACUAUAUUCAGUAUCGGGGAUGUUAUGUAGUACCUGCAACCUUCAACCCCUCUAAACAUCAAUGAACUCGUCCACAUAGUGCUUAGCAUACAAGUUAAAAUAAUAAUGAACGUUUGAAUGAUAUAAAGCUUAAGUUUAUUUUUUAUAUAGAUACACAUAAAAUUGAAAAUAAAUAUCCAUGUCUCAUUGUUGCUGUGAAUGAAACAAAUGUUUCUGCAGUGGAAAAGAAUUUUGAAUAUAGGAUUACAUGUUUUAGCGGACGUUUUCUAUUAUGUCUGUUAUGUAUCAAUAGAAUGCGAAGAUGUGAUACAUUCACUCAAUAGUCCUCUGCAGUGUAUCAAUGCGCGUUGUGUCUGAUAACUUAGGAAGUUGAACUAAAUUCAGCUCUCUGAAAUGAUAAAUCAAAUGUAAAUAAGGAACGACAACUCUAAGAUGAGAUCAAGAAUAAUGUGCUCUCAAACGUAUCUCUUAUCCAUAUAAACCAGUAUGUAGUUUACCUUAGCACUUUUUACUUUUAUACGUUUGGUAAAUUCUUAAAAUAUGUAGUAUAACGGACAAACUAAUAAAUUUUUGAAAAUCUGA